UCGUAACAUUGUGUAUUAUUAAGAAGAUCAAGCAGAUAAUAUUUUUAAUUAUUCUUUUUAAAAUUCAGCUCACUACGUAUUGGAUUCUUAGAGAUUGAACAGUUUCUCUAUAGUUAGGAGCUAAAUCGUUUCAUUAAAAUCUUGAAAUUGGAAUUGGGAAAUAAUUUAUAUUAAUAAUAAUGCCGAAAGAAAUUAAAUCUGGUGAGAUUAAUAGCAAACCAUCAUUUUUAUCUGAUGUACCAGGAGCGCCAUUACCACGGUCAAAUAAUGUCAAAAGCUCCAAUCUCCAUAUGCCGAUCUAUAUUCUAACUGCUGUUUUUGCUAUAAUCUUUAUCAUUGGUCCAUUACUUGUCCGAAAGGGACCUAAUAAAGAAAUUGUGAGAUGCAGUAUUAUGCUGACGGCUUUCUCCAUGUGGAUAUUUUGGGUGACGGUAUAUAUUGGACAAAUAAAUCCGCUCAUGGGUCCACGCCUAAACAACACCACUUUAGCAUGGAUUGCUCACGCAUGGGGUAAACCGGCAAAGAGUGUUGUCAACGGGCGUUGAAACUAAAGCAGACCAAGAAUUGAUUUCCUAGUAAUUGUAAACUUUAUUAAUUGAUAAUAUUAAGACAAUAAUCUUAAUAGAAAUAUAUACGGGUCACAUCGAUAAUACUCCUAUAUCUGUAUAUUACAUACAUACAUAUCUGUCACGCCUGUCUCCCAUUAGGGUAGGCAGAAACAAUGGAACGCCAAAUGCAAAUCCUCUGUAUAUUAAUGGCGGGAAAAUAGUUCGUCGCCCAUUUUGAUAUCGCUCACACCGGUCAGAUUAUUUUAUAUUAUAUUAGAUGUUAAUUUCGAUAUUAUAUAAUUGUUGAAUAACCGAUAUAUAUAAUAUAUCCUU